AAUUCCUCACAGUCACGAAAAAGAAAAAGACAUGGUAAAGUUUUACCAUCGCAUAUCUCUUUCUACUUUUGUUGCAUUGCCAUCCUUCUUUUAAUAAAGCUACCACUUUCUUUCUGCACGACUUACAGGCCCUAGGCUUCCUUCAUUGAGCAGUUCUUAUUUCUCUACAUCUGCAAACAAUUACCUACCUUGUAAAUCCUCUUUCUUUCGAGGAAUCGGCAUUGUCUUUCAUCAUGAACAUGAACCAGCCCAUUUCCAUAACCGACACUUUGAAGCGUCGGUUCCUGGAAGCAAUUGACAAUGUUAAAGUAGAGCCAGGCCGGUACAAAUAUGUUAUCGUUGAUGCACGCGCAGCAGAUAUUAUGGCAUCAGCAGGCUGCCACUUGGCUGAUGUUUUGGCACGAGAAGGAACUAUGUACCUUGAAAACCUGGAGAAAAGACGAUCGCCUGCAGUGAAUGUUGAAGCCAUCUACUUUGCAAUGCCGACUGAAGAUUCUGUACGACGCAUCAUCCGUGAUUUCAAGAAUGGACGACCUGCCACGUAUUCUGCUGGACAUUUGUUCUUUUUAGCAGCAAUGGAUGACAAGACAUUUGACCAUCUGCGAGCAUCCACGGACGCAAAAUACAUCAAGAGCUUGAAGGAGUUGUUUAUGGACUUCUAUGCCGUUGAAUCAAGGGUAUUUUCCUUAAAUAAUAGGAACGCAUUUUUUAAUCUCUUUUGUCCUAUGCUCAAGGAGCAGAAUCAGCAUGCAGAAAUCAAUUCUAUUUCUAAGCAGCUUAUCUCUGUGUGUGCUUCCUUACAAGUCAACCCUAUCGUGUCAUAUUAUCGUGCAAACGACUUGACGAUGCAAACCUCCAAGAAUAUUGCAAUGACUGUUCAAACUGACCUUGACGAAUAUUUUAAAGGACAACCUCGCAUCGGACUUAAGCCCCCGCAUUUGAUGAUCAUUGACCGUACGAUCGACCCCAUCACACCAAUCCUACAUGACUUCUAUUACCAGGCGCUUGCGACAGACUUGUUACCGAUCAAGGAUGGCACCAAAUAUGAAUAUAACUCAUUCAAGGAAGAUGGGACACCCUGCGAAAAAGUUGCCAUUCUGGAUGAAAACGACAAGACAUUUACAAAGAUUCGUCACAAUCAUAUCACGGACUGUAUCAAGUUUUUGAAAUCUAAUGUGGAUAGCUUUGUGGCUGAAGCAAUGAGCAAACCUACCACUGGAAACCAGUUGGAUGCAAUCAGAGAGCAGAUGGCGAAACUACCACAGUUUCAAGAAAACAAGGAGAAGUAUUCGGUUCAUCUUUCCAUCGUUAAUGAGUGCCUGGAAUUCAUCAAACACAAUAAGCUUGUUGACAUUUCUGGCUUGGAGCAAUCAUUGGCGACAGGACAACUAGCUAGUGGUGAAAUCCCGAAAUCGUUCGAUCCUGAAGUUGCAGCAUUCUUAGAUGAUAGCAGUGUCAGGAUGGUAGAUCGCUUGCGUUUAUUAAUGCUAUUUUUCAUCACCCAAGCCGUGCCCCAAGAGAUGCGAAACCAGCUUUUCCAAUUGAGUCGAUGCAAUUAUGCGGAUCGAGAUAUUGCUAAUAAUCUAGAGUUCUUGGGCGUCAAACUGGACGUGGCCGCACCGCCCCCGGCAAAGAAGUGGUGGAUCACAGAGCUGCUCAAAAAGAAAUCUGUCACGGAAGACGAUAUCGAGUAUGAUCUACCACGUUAUUCCCCUGUGAUCAAGUCUAUUAUAGAAGGAGUUGUAAACGGAACAUUAGAUCGUGACCAAUACCCUUAUACAUUAGCACCUGAUCAACUUGAAACGAUCCAAGCACGCAAGACAGUUCGCUCAUUGCGAUCAGCACAACCAACAUUCCAUCAUAAGGGCCGUCGGAACGAGCCUCAGGGGCGAUUGAUCCUGUUUAUUGCUGGAGGCGUGACAUACAAUGAAAUUCGAAUUGCCUAUGAAUCUGCUGCAGCACAUAAUUGGGACAUCUUGAUUGGAUCAACUCAUAUCAUUACUCCACCCUCAUUCAUGGACGAUAUGCGAAUGCUCCGAAAUGGGCCUCCUCCACCCCCACCUCCACCACCUCGCUCACCUUCCCCACCUCCAGAAUCACACGCUUCAUCGUCAUCAAAUAGGACUAGUGGAUCUGGUGGAAGCAACCCUUUUGCAAGUGUCAAGAAUGUUUUUGGAGGGCCUCUUAACAAACCCCCCAAAGAGCAGCCACAUCAGCAGCACCUACAACAACAGCAACAACAACAGGUUAUGCAGCCCCUCCCGCAACGACCGUCAAAUCAAUUGAACUCCAGUGACUCAUCUAGAGUUAAGGAUAAACUUAAAGGUUUCUGGAACGAGCUCAAGUAAAAAAAACCAUGCGAAUUUUAAUAAUAAACACAUAAUAGC